AUGAUUAAUAAAAGUUUUCGGGCAAGUAAGAUAAUUGGAAAGAAAUGUUUUCAUUGGUGGAAUAAUUUACAUAUAUCAUGGAAAUUAGCCAUAGGAUUUUCAGCACUUUUUCCACCUUUAUGGAAUUAUAAUGAAAGAAGAAAAGCAAAAGAAAAACAAAUAUACUAUAAUAAAGCAAUAAAAGAUUAUGUAUUUUUUGAUAUAGCAGUAGAAAAUAAAUAUAUAGGUAGAAUUUUGAUUGGUUUAUAUUCUGAUCAAGUACCACUAUCAGCUGAAAAUUUUAUUCAAUUAGCUGAAGGAUAUAAAAUUAAAGAUAAAUAUAUUGGUUAUAGGAAUACAUUUAUUCAUAAAGUAUAUCCAGGUAUAUGUUUAGUAGGUGGAAAUGUUUUAAAUGAUAAAGAAGGUUUAAGCAUAUAUGGAAAAAAAUUUCCAGAUGAAAAUUUUGAUAUGGAAUUUGUACAAGACGGAGAUGUUGCUUUAUAUAAUGAUGGGCCACAUAAUAACUCCUCUCAAUUUAUAAUAACUUUUUCUCCAAUGCCAAUAUUACAUAAGCAUAAUGUUGUAAUUGGUACAGUUUUAAAGGGAAUGAAUAUAAUUAGAAUGAUUGAAAAAUUGGGAACCAAAUUAGGAAAUCCCAUGUAUAACAUUAAAAUCAUUAAUUGUGGUAUAUAUAAAAGUUUAGAAGAAAAUGGCCCCCCUUUCUUUACUAUAACUAAUAUUUUAGAUAAAAACAAUGCAAAAUAUAUUUCUAAAAAAGAAUUUGAAAAUUUAUCUCUACAAGAGAGACAAUCUUUGAUGAUAAACACAAAAAAUUCCACGAAAGAAAAUUAA